AUGGAAGUUCUGAGAACGAAGAUAGCUAUGAGGCUGAUUUUCAUAUAUCUAAUCUUAUUCUUCAAUUACUGCUUCUUGUUUUGUGCAGCUUUUUCUUCUGACGCCAUAACCAUUGGCAAACCCUUUAGCGAUAAUGGAGAGCUUGUCAUUUCUAAAGGAAGAAAAUUUGCUCUUGGCUUCUUCUCUCCAGGCAAAUCUGCCUUUCGCUUUGUUGGAAUCUGGUACUAUAACUUGCCAAAGCAAACUGUUGUUUGGGUUGCCAAUAGAGAUAAUCCCAUAAAUGACUCUUCUGGAGUUCUCUUCCUCAACCCAAAUAAUGGAAAUCUCGUCCUCCGCCAGAACUCUACCAACUUGCCCAUUUGGUCCUCGAAUGUUUCUGUCCCUGUUCCAAGUAAUACAGUUAUGGCUCAGCUCACUGAUUUAGGUAAUCUCGUUCUGAUUCAAAAUAAUUACUCCAAAAAUGUGUUGUGGCAAAGCUUUGAUCAUCUCACUGACACCCUUCUUCCAUAUGCCAAACUGGGUUUCAACAAAAGAACUGGUCAGAACUGGUUGUUGCAGUCAUGGAAGACAGAAGAUGAUCCAGGAACAGGAAAUAUCUCAUUCAGGUCCAACACAUCUGGGAAAGAUCAAGUUUUUCUGUACAAUAAAAAAGUUCCAUUGUGGCGAGGUGGGUUCUUCAAUGGCGAAAUAUUUGUGGGUUUGCCAUCUAUGAAAAGAGAACUGUCAUAUGCUUUAAACCUUACUAUCACAGACGAUGAUAAUUCUGCCGGACUCACAUAUCACGCCGUUGAUCCUACCGCCAUCUUUCGGGUCGGAGUUGUUUCAACGGGCUACAUGCAAACACAUAAAUGGGAUCAUGACACAAAUGAUUGGAAGCUAUAUGGGACACACCCAGCAAGCAAUUGUGAAACCUACGGAACUUGUGGAGCCAACAGCAAGUGUGAUUCUUUCAACUAUGCUUACAACAAGUGUUUUUGCCUACCUGGGUUUGAACCUAGUAACCCUAAUGAGUGGUACACGAACGAUGAAUCAGCUGGUUGUGUGAGGAAGAAAGGACCAUCUUUGUGUGGGAAUAAUGGAGAAGGCUUCAUUAAAGUAGACGGUGUGAAGAUUCCAGAUACUUCGAUAGCCAAUUUUCAGCAGGGUUUGAGAAUGGAGGAUUGUGAGCAAGAGUGCUUGAGAAAUUGUACUUGUAAUGGCUAUGCAGCUUCAGAUGUGAGAAAUGGCGGAAGUGGGUGCUUGACUUGGCAUGGAGAUUUGCUGGACACAACGGUAUUAAGUGAAGAAGGCCAUGAUUUAUAUGUUCGUGUUGAUGCUGUUGAACUUGCAAAUUAUGCCAAGAAAUCAAAAGGAACGCUGCCAAAGUCUGGGAUGGUGGGAAUUCCAGUAACUACUUUCGCUGUGAUUGUUCUUCUAAUUGCCUUGUGUGCUUAUUGCUCUCGGACAAGGAAAAUAACAGGUGGUGAAAUAACUGAAGAACAAAUGAAAAUAGAUUCUCCAAUAGAAGAGCAGCACCAUGAUGAAAAUAGAGCACAACCAAGCUUACCAUGUUUCAGCAUUAAAACCAUAAUGGUUGCAACAAAUAAAUUCUCCAAUGAGAACCGAUUGGGGCAAGGUGGAUUUGGUUCUGUGUACAAGGGCUCAUUAUUUAAUGGACAAGAGAUAGCAGUGAAAAGAUUGUCUCAAGGUUCCAGACAAGGAACUCAAGAGUUCAAGAAUGAAAUUAAGGUGAUUGGAAGAUUGCAACACAGGAAUCUUGUAAAGUUGCUUGGUUAUUGCAUUCAUAAGAAAGAAAGGAUGCUGAUAUAUGAAUACCUACCCAACAAAAGCUUGGACUUCUUUCUUUUUGAUAGGGAUAGAAGAUCAUCACUAGAUUGGGAUACACGUUUUCACAUCAUCAUUGGAAUUGCUCGAGGCAUUCUCUAUCUUCAUCAAGAUUCAAGGUUGAAAAUAAUCCAUAGAGAUCUUAAAGCUAGCAAUGUCCUUUUAGACCUCGCAAUGAAUCCCAAAAUUUCAGAUUUUGGAAUGGCUAGAAUAUUUGGAGAGGAUCAAAUCCAAGCAAAUACAAAACGAAUUGUUGGGACAUAUGGCUAUAUGUCUCCAGAAUAUGCAAUGGAAGGACAAUAUUCAACAAAGUCUGAUGUUUUCAGUUUUGGGAUUCUGUUGAUAGAGAUUAUUUGUGGAAAAAGAAAUACAGAUCACGAUAAAGAAAGAUCAUCUGUAAAUUUAAUUGGACAUGUAUGGGAGAUGUGGAGAGAAGAAAAAUCCUUGGACAUAGUGGAUCCAAUACUUGGUGAAGCAUAUCCAAUUGACUUAGCCCGAAGAUGUAUACAUAUUGGGCUGUUGUGUGUGCAAGAAAAUGCCUCCUAUAGGCCUUCCAUGUCAGAAGUAAUCUACAUGCUUGGCAAUGAAGUGUCCCUCCCCUCACCUCGAAGACCUGCAUUCCUAUUCAAUUCGAAUGCAGAGCUUUCAGAAUCUUCAACAUCUAAAGAUCCUUCUGUAAACGAAAUUACUGGUACGACAAUCAGUGCUAGAUAAACAUGACGUGGCAUAUGACAGGGAAGCAUUUUAUGAUCCUAGGUCUUCCUAUACUUAUUAUCCUUAAUUUUGUAUCAACAUGUGUAGUGUACAAAUGUUUACAUAUUAGCCACAACACUUCUGAUUCCCAAAAAAGGAAAUCAUAUUAGAA